AUGGCGGACGAGGUGGUUGUGAAGACCGAUCUUUUGAUCGUAGGGGCAGGUCCCGCUGGAGCCUCCCUUGCUUGUUUCCUUGCCGCUCAUGGCAGAAAGGGUAUCCUAAUCGCCGCGGCGCCGGGCACGGCAGAAACACCCCGUGCUCAUAUUACCAACAUGGCUGGACUUGAAUGUUUGCGGGAUAUCGGCCUUGAGCAGGACUGUCUGGAGGUUGCCACGCCUAGCCACAACAUGGCACAUACCAGAUGGUGCCGUAGUAUGGCUGGGGAGGAAUUUGCGAGAGUGUACUCGUGGGGUCACGACCCAAAACAUAAAGGUGACUAUGAGGCGGCUAGCCCUUGCGAUCAUGUCGACCUACCCCAGACACUCCUGGAGCCAAUCCUUACCAAGAGAGCAAUCCAUGAAGGCUGGACGCUUUGGUUCAACACCAAACUGAUCGGCCUCACUCGGCCGUCGCCAGACCUCGUCAUCUCGGAGGUCCUUGACGAACUGACCCAAAAGACCUACAAGAUCCAUUCCCGGUACUUGUUUGGUUGCGAUGGUGCUAGGAGCCAGGUCGUCCGUGAGCUGAAGAUCCCACUCAUCAAGAAGCCCGGACAGGGGCUGGCAUUGAACGUCCUGGUGAAAGCAGACAUGUCGCAUUUUAUCGCGAACCGCAUCGGCAACCUGCACUGGGUGUUCCGCCCCGAGGAUAUGAAUACCCCUCCUUGGGGAUGGGCCACUAUUGUUCGCAUGGUGCGGCCGUGGAAUGAGUGGAUGUUCAUCUUCCUGCCUGCCCCUGGUGCUGACCUGACCGCGGAUGCAAUGGACGCAACCAACGAGGAGUAUCUGGAGAGAGUGAAGGAAUUCAUUGGCGAUGAUUCGGUCAAAGUUGAACUGUUACACUCCAGUAAAUGGUGGAUCAACGAAAUCGUGGCCGAGUAUUACUCUGAUGGCAAUAUUUUCUGCCUCGGCGACGCAGUGCAUCGUCACCCGCCGUUUAACGGCCUAGGAUCUAAUACCUGUAUCCAAGAUGCUUUCAACCUCGCGUGGAAGAUUGACUACGUCAUGUCCGGAAAGGCAGGGCCGCAACUACUGGAAUCUUUCAGCAAAGAACGCCAGCCUGUGGGGGUAGAUAUCAUCACCCGGGCGAACCAAGGUCUCCGGGAUCAUAGCCAAUGGCAACAGACGAUGGGGAUUCUCGAGACCGACGAGGCUAAACGCCUCGAGAUCUUGGCAGAGUUUGACGACCAGGGCGAGAAGGGCCACAAAAGAAGACGAGCUUUCCAGGAGGCCAUUGAAAAUACCACGACCGAGUUCCACGGCCUCGGCAUCGAAAUGAACCAGCGCUACGAAUCGGAUGCCGUGUACCUGACCGACCAGGGCCCGCCGCCGGUGCUGCCCAAAGGGGCAUGCAAAGUCAAGACGCACCAGAUCACGACGUACCCCGGCCGCCGCCUGCCCCACGUCUGGCUUAACAAACGACUUCCCACCAAGCCUAUCUCAACCAUUGACUUGGCGGGACACGGCCGCUUCUGUUUGCUGACCGGCCCGGGGGGACAACAGUGGAAGGACGCCGCUCGGUCCGUUUCCGUAUCCACAGGGGUCGAAGUUGUCGCGUACUCGAUAGGUUGGAAGCAGGACUUUGAAGAUGUCUAUUUCGACUGGGCCAAGAAGCGCGAGGUGGAUGAAAAUGGGUGCGUUUUGGUUCGCCCUGACAGAUUUGUAGCGUGGAGGUCGCGUAGCAUGAAUGCGGACCCAGAAAAGAAGCUCGAGGAGGUGAUGAGGACAAUCCUCGCGUUAUAG